GAAGGGGGGCUCUUCAUGGGGGGGAAUAUUUAGAAGACGAAGAGAGAGUGAGAUAGCCUAGACCUCUGGUCUGUGUAAGACAUAGCCCAUAGACUUGAAUGAAGGCAGUGUAUUUUAUCAAAGUCUGUCUGCUUGUGAUAUCCCGUACUAUCUGUUUCCAUGCCGUACCAACGAGUAAACAGCAGUACUCAUUUUGGGUUUGGGCCAAGCACUCAAAUCCAAAAAGAAGACGUUAUCAUAAAUUCAGGCUAGGUAAAGCAAAAGACGAAUUGAGUUUGAGAGAGGUCUCUGACGCAUCGGCACAAGCUGGUGGCCGGCCCGUUCAAUCCAAUACAGAGUAGACGUAAACCAGGAAGCGGGACGAGCGCCGAGCGUAGGACCCCCGGACACACCCUCUCCCGGCUCGAGUCCCGAAGCGCACCCCCAAUGGAAGCCGCAUAUAACCAGAAUGAACCCCCCACCGAAAG